AUGACAGGUGCCGCUAUUUCAAUCGCAGUUGGCCAAGUACCAGCCUUAUUGGGCAUCCGGAGGAUAAACACCAGAGAAGCCGCAUACUUGGUUCUCAUCAACACACUCAAAGCCCUUCCAAAAGCCAAAGUGGAUGCAGCAAUAGGGCUAAGCGCCCUCUUUUUGCUCUACGUCGUCAAGUACUUUUGUACCUUUAUGCAAAAGAAACAGCUGAACCAAAAGAAGACCUGGUUUUUUAUUUCGACUCUUCGCAUGUCCUUUGUUAUUCUAUUGUAUACGUUGAUCAGUUGGCUAGCCAAUAGGCAUAUCAACGGUGAUGCAAGCAAGGCCAAAUUCAGGAUUCUAGGGAGAGUGCCACGAGGCUUUCAGCAUGCAGGGGCCCCUGUGAUCAAUACUCGACUCAUUGGUCUAUUCUCGUCCGAUCUGCCGGCCAGCUUGAUUGUACUGGUGAUCGAGCAUAUCGCCAUCUCGAAGUCGUUUGGCCGAAUCAAUAAUUAUACUAUCGACCCUUUUCAAGAGCUAGUCGCUCUAGGAUUUACGAAUCUACUAGGGCCAUUUCUAGGAGGCUAUCCAGCAACAGGCUCAUUUUCUCGAACGGCUAUCAAGUCUAAAGCUGGUGUUCGCACCCCUCUUGCUGGUGUAUUCACUGCUGUCAUAGUCCUUCUAGCACUAUACGCAUUGACCAGUGUUUUCUUCUACAUCCCCAUGAGCAGUCUAGCUGGGUUAAUCAUACACGCUGUGGGCGAUCUAAUUACUCACCCCAAUGUGGUCUACCGCUUCUGGGAGAUCUCUCCCCUGGAAGUCAUCAUUUUCUUUGCUGGCGUUCUUUUGACAAUCUUCACCAAUAUCGAAAACGGCAUCUACCUCACCAUUGCAGCCUCGGCGACCUUGCUACUUUUCCGAGUUGCUAAGGCCAAAGGAAACUUCCUUGAUCGCGUCAGGAUUCACUAUGUUUCGGGAGAAGAAUUGCUACGAGAAGCGGAACGAAAAGCAGAAGCAUUUUUACCACUUGAGCACCAGGACGGGUCCAAUCCGGACAUUGAGGUCGAAACCCCUUUCCCUGGUAUCUUCAUUUACCGCUUCAGCGAAGGCUUCACAUACCCCAACCAAGCUCACUAUCUUGACAAUCUUACGACUCAGGUUUUGAAGGCCACAAGACGUAUGCAGCUCGGGAACUACGCUAAGCUUGGAGAUCGUCCUUGGAACGACCCCGGCCCACGAAGAGGCGAGCAAGUCAAUCUAGACGACCAACGACCCAUCCUCCGGGCGAUCGUACUCGACUUCUCUUCCGUAAACCACGUAGACGUCACCUCAAUACAAGGGCUAAUCGACGUCCGCAACCAGCUGGAUCGGCACGCAGCCUCCGAGCUCGUCGAAUGGCACAUUGCCAACAUCAACAGCCGCUGGACCAAGCGCGCCUUAGCAGCAGCAGGAUUCCGUUACCCAACCGAGGACUUCAUCAACCAGGCCGGUCAGUGGAAACCCGCCUACGGCGUCGCAGAGACCUUCGGCUACCGCGUGGGCGAAUCGUCCAGCUCCGAUCUCAGCGAAACACAGGUCGAGGCCCGCAAGACCCGCUCCCGCGACAUCGAGCAAGCCCCCGAGGCCGACCAUCCCAAUAGGGAAAUACACGAUAGAGUGGACGAACAUUUCCAGUCCAAGGGCAAGCUCUCUUCCGUCCACGGCGUCAAUCGACCUUUCUUCCAUGUUGAUUUGUCUGUCGCCGUGCACGCCGCCAUCAACAAUGCAGAGCGCAAGGUCUCUUCUGGACCGAGGUUCUCCGUCAGUGGCGAGAGGCUCAUCUCUGAGGAGGACAGAAUUGUUGUUCACGAGGAUGAUAUUAAGACUGCAUGA